AUGCAUCAGGCAACGGUUGGGGUGGUCGUCUAUCCUCAUUCGCAAAGCACAUUCCUCUAUUCAAAGGACUGUCAGAGGACAGAUGCUUCUUUGAGGUUGUCCUCCACUGAAAAGGGGGCCCAGUCCAAAUCUGCUUCAAAGAUAAAGAACCAGAAGAACCAGGACCUUCAAGUGGCCCAUUCACAGUCAGCAUCUCAACUGCAGAGGUUCCAGGAAGCCAUGAUUCCCAAAUAUUCUUUGAUGGGUCCUUUCAAAGGACACAUGAGUAUCAAAAGUAGCCCUUUUUCUCCUAGUUCUUCCUGCAAGCUGUCAAGUCAGUACCUCAUUCAAGAUCACAUGACGACACAUUACAGGAAAUUGCUCUCUGCCAAAGCUGCUGUUGAUUCAUCUGCUCCAAAGAGUUUGAACAUGAGCAUUAAAUACAAGGAUCAACAGAAAAGAGAGAAGCUUAUCAAGGCAGUUGAGAAAUUUAAGAAAGAGGUGGCAGGGAUCCAUUCUGCACCUCCGCAUCAUUCCAGAAGUGCAUCAGCUGUAAACUGUGAAAACAGUUUGAAUUUGGCUGGUAGUAGAAGAAUGUCAUCCUUGGGGGAAAAAGGACAGUGUUCUCCAAGAUAUUUCAAGACAGCAUUUUCUCAUACUCCAUCCCCAGCUUUGUCUGCAGAGGAGAAUAUUCAAGAUAUUGUUCAGUGGUAUUUAUCUCAGAUGCACAAUCAUGGCCAAAAUGCAUCCCAGCAACGCACUGCACCACUAACUCUGAGAUCCAGAAGGAAGAAGGUAUUUUCUAUCCCUCAGAAGAAACUCCUUGGUGGAGAUCUACUGGACACCCAUGCACAGUGGUUUACAGAGUCAAAAGAUCCUUUUACCCCCAAAGUCUUAAAAACAGCAAGUAAAUCAUUCCUUUCAAAAUACAGGUACUAUAAUUCUCCAAAUGGAAAGAAAAGCCCCUCUGUUGACCAACAAAUGCAUAAACAACCAAGAAAGAGUUGCAGGUCUUUGGAAGAUGAAUGUCUAAAACCUUAUGCAGAUAACCAUCGAUGGCAACCAGUCAAGAAAUGCUCCCAGAAUUCAGUUUCUCUUCAGUCACUGCUUCGUGCAAAAGAAGAAGAAUCAAAGUACCUUCACCUCCUUCAAGAAGUCACAAAUGACAUUAUAAUUGGAAGCUGUUACAGAAAAGAGGCGUUAGGCAGUGUUUUUCAGAGGCACAUUAGAAACAGAAGGUGUGACCUUGAUGAGGUAAAAAUGCAAAGAAUUUUUCAAGCCCUGAAGGAUGAUUUGAACAUCUGCACGAACCCUCCAGAUUCUUUCAUUUACACUGGUUCCAAGAACAGGGAUAGCUGCCUUAAUGCACCUUGUAGGUAGCCAUAUUUUCAAGUAUCUGUUGCCUUCUGAAGGACUGGACUGAAAGAAUUGAAGGAAAAGUAGCAUUCCAAAAGCAAUGCAGACUGGUACUACAACCCUUAGUUAAACUUACAUGUGUUCACUGAAUGUGCUGUCUACAAAAGCAAGCAACUGAUUCCUUUGUUUCUCCAUGCAGACAUUUGUAUCAGCUGUAUAGUAAUUAGGAAAACAUCUUCCAAAUCUCAGUCCUUGUGUUGCCAAAAUGGCACCAUCCAAGAGGAAAAUGAUAUUGGCAGGGCAGGAAAGACAAAAGUUUGCAAAAGUACCUGCUCUGCCAAAACUACCUAUAGGGAGGGGGCACCAUAAAAAUAUAGUGAGGACUGAGCAUGCUCAGUGGCUAUGGAUCAUUGAGAGUUUGGUGGGGAGAUGAUAGAGAUGACUGGAAAGGGACCAGGUGGCUGAAACUCUGAGCAGGGGCAUUCCAUGUGGCCACUCUUUGUUGUGGGUCCCAGUUGUUAUGGUAUAGAAGGGUUUGUGCAAGGCAGCCACCCAUGCUAUUAAUAAGCUCCGCUGUGUGAGUUGUUCAUGGAACAAGAUGAUUGAACUCUCCAUGAGUCGCCCUCCUUCCUUCCCCCUCAGUCUUUUCACAGGUGCCCCAGGGACCUGCACAACAGAAUCUUUGUCUUCUCUCCCCGUUAGGAUUACAAACAUUUUUGUGAUGAUCAAGGUUUCCCCCCUUUUUAGAGAUUGCUUUUCAUCAUAUCUGAAGUGACAAGCAGUGUCAAUCCCUCCAAAGUGCCACUGGUUCCCGACUUCUUUUUAUGUGCCAGAAAGGUGCACAAAUAUGUUCAGUAAUUUUACUGGAUUUGUAUUUUCGGUUUGGAGCUGCCAAGUAUACAACUCCAACCACCUAAAAUCUGAAGCUUUGGCUGUGCAGUGUAGGCAUGGUCUGUGGAUGCUGAAAAAGCCAGGUUUUGGACACAUUACUUUGUUUUCACUUGACAGCUAUCAACGAGGAGCUGUCAAGUGCAAAGUGAAGGCAUGAGAUGUUCGCUUGCAAAAGGGAAUGGCAAGUAUAUCACCCCCUUUGUAGUGAGAUCCUCUAGUUUUUUUGUUUGGACUUAUGAGUUCUCAGUGUUCUUCAGCUUUUACACCCUCUCCUGAUCCUCUAGGUGCCUAGCAAAAUGGGAAAGUGCAGCCCAAUCCAUUUACUGUAAACCCAAUAAACCUGUAAAUGCAGCCAAGGUGUUCUUGAAAUGCUGAUCCACCUUGACUAGUUAGCCACCACUGCUGUGUUAUGCAAAUUCUGUCUAUGUUGUGUACUAUUUUUAACUACAUUACUAACUCAGUAAUUCUCAGAUAGUGUGCCAAAAAGAACUGGUGCUGUCCUGUGCAAAAUAUAUUAAGUAAAUAAUUAGAGGCCAAGAAAUGUCCUAUUCUGAAAUCCUUGAACUCUCUGAAUACCCUCCCCACAACUUUCCAGAUGAGAUGCAGUAUCGGGAUUUUCUAGUUGUAGGUAUUUAAUUUCAACCUGACCUUGGCACAGUGUUUCCUAAAAUGGACAAAGUAAGAAUUCAUCACGGGUCACUUCCAAAAACAGUAACCGCAGUAUGAUGCUCUUUCUCAUCACAUAAUGGAAUUUUAUGUUCAGAAAUUAGUUGCUUUCUAGCUGUUCUUGUGAAUUAACUAAUAAGUACAUCAGUUCAAGGACUGGAACUAUUGGACACAAAAGCAGCCACUCAAAAUGAACUCCCUGUAUUCUAAAAGUUCAUUAACGGCACUGUGCAAAAUGGCACAAAAAUGUUAAUGUAGCUAACUUUAAUUAAAACUCCAAUAAAAUGUAAUGAAACAGCAA